AUGAUAGAACAUUAUGAGCUUAUGCAAACAAUAGUAAGGAAAUGCCAAACUCACAAGAACCAACCUGCAUAUAAACGAAGGCUCAACAGAUUUCUGGUUCACAAUCGUUUGAAUAACUUCAUACUCAUGUCCAAUAUCCAAACAGGUGCACAACAAGAGGAGCCCCUCGAUCUUAUCCGCUAUCAACUAGAUGAGUCUGUUCUCGUCAAGUUGAGAGGUGCCCGUGAAAUGAAGGGUAAGUUGCAGGGUUACGACUCUCACUGCAACAUGGUGUUGAGUGAUGCUCAAGAAACAAUAUAUGGAGAGAACGAAGAAGACACAGUAGUUAAGAAAACAGAGAUGGUGUUUGUUAGAGGUGAUUCCGUGAUCUUAAUCAGCCCCUCAGAAGAGUAA